AUGGAUUGCAAGAGCUUUGCAUCAAAGACGGCCCAUGUCGGAGACGAUGUCACGCUCAAAUGCGGCCGAGAAUCAUCAUCAGUAGGAUACUUAUUUUGGAUGAAACUUGUGGUUGGAAGCCUGCCUGAAAUCUUGGGAGCAGCAUACACAUUUUCAAACGGCGUUGUGAAAACUCCUCCAGGAAUUACUGCCGAAAUAGAACGUGGAACAUUUGUUCUUCGUAUAACCAAAGCAAAGCUGAGCGACAAUGCCAUCUAUUACUGUGAAGAAAUUAUCGAACUGCAGAAGAGAUCUCUGAAUAUUACUUUUCUCAGAGUCAAAGAACAAAAAGAUCCAUUACCCUCGACCACCCCAGAGCCUCCAGCUGUCCCGGUCCAGCCAGGGGACUCUGACACUGUCCAGUGUUCAAUUCUUUCUGAAAAUAACAGUAAAAUGUGUCCAGAAUUUCAUAAGCUGUGUGUGUUCCAAACCAAAUCUGGUGAAUCUCAGGCCACUGGGAUGUGUAGUCAUGACCAGAGUGGUGCUGAGAAAAACUUGACUCAAAAAUGUCUUUGCAACUUCUCUCUGAGCAACAUCAGCACCUCUGACUUUGGGAUUUAUUACUGUACUGGGGUCACAUUAGAGCAGAUGUGUUUUGGAAAUGGAACAAAAAUGGAUGCGGAAGCCUCCCGCCCUUUAUCUGAAUCCCCCACUACCACUGUGGUUCUGUUUUUAUUGUGUGGUGCCUUGGCCGUGAGUUUAACUGUUAUUGCUCUACUGAUUUACACCAUCAGGAAAAAGAACAAAUGUGAGUGUUGCGAAGACUCGAUGAUCUCGGUGAUGACAGCUCAAUAUGGUGAAGCGGUUACCUUUAAAUGUUUGCUCCCCACUUAUGAGAAUAAUAACAGCCGUAUCAAGUGGUACAAGCAGAGUGUUGGUGAUACACUUACAUUAAUCACCACACUGAUGACAAAUACUAUCGAGCCUGCAUUUGAAAAAGGAUUUUCACCCUCACGGUUUAGUGCAAAAUGCACUACUGGUGUGUGCACUCUGACCAUUGCGAAGACAGAGCCAGAAGAUGAGGCACUGUAUCACUGUGGAACCUUUUCUUGGAGGUCCGAUCGUUGGACUGGGACCUAUUUAUCUUUAAAAGAAAACGACAAGCGAGCAAGAAAGUAUACAGUUGUUCAGUGGCCAGGGAUUUCAGAAUCUGUUCAGCCUGGAAAAAAUAUGACUCUUCAAUGUUCAAUCCAUCGUCAUUCUGAGGAUUCCUCCUGUCCACAUGAGCACAGGGUGCACUGGUUUGCGGUCAGAUCGGAUCAGUCUCUGGGCAACGUCAUUUACACCAGUGGAAAUGGACCACAUAAAUCUGAAUGCAAACCUGAGUCAAAAAGCUGUGUGUAUCACUUCUCUAAGAACAUCAGCUCGUCUGAUGAUGGGACUUACUACUGUGCUCUGGCCACAUGCGGAGAGAUAUUAUUUGGAGAUGGAACAAAGCUAGACAUACAGAGUACCAAGUUGGUCUCUGAGGUUUUCCAGAUGGGAAAUCAAAUCACCUUUCUGUUCUUUGCGGUAAAAAAGAUCAGAGAAUGUGGAUCGUGUUUUAUCUACUGCUGCUGGUCCAAGCUGGGGUGCACAUAUGAAAAAAACUUUGUGACUACGACGGCUGGUGUUGGAGAAAAUGUGAUCCUAACAUGUAACUACGACGAACCUAGAGGCAUAGCUACUUUUUAUUGGAUCAGAGUUGUCUCUGGGACCAUGCCUGAAAUCAUGGGGAGAGGAUUUAACUUUGAUUAUGUUGAUCCAAUAGUGAUUUCUCGUGUUACAACCAAUCAAGAACCAAGAAGAUUUGUUCUCAAUAUUACAAAUGUGAACCUGAGUGACACAGCAUUUUACUAUUGUCUGAUAUCGCAACAACGGAAAAUUAGUUUUCUAAAAGGAACAUUUCUACGAAUUACAGGUCCAGAACCAGAUUUUACUGACGUCAUUCAGAAUAAUCCAUCUGUAGCAAUUCAUGCAGGAAACUCUGUUUCUUUGAAUUGCUCGGUCCUCUUUGAUUCAGAGAAGAAAACAUGUCCAGAAGAACACAGGGUUUUCUGGUUCAGAGUCGCAUCGGAUAAAUCCCAGCACACAUUCCUUUAUGGCCAGAGUGAAGGUGGUGGUGAAUGUGUGAGGAGUCCUGAGAAUCAGUCUCCCCAGAGCUGUGUGUACAGCUUCUUUAAGGGCAACGUCACCUCCACUGAUGCUGGAACUUACUACUGUGCAGUGGCUGCAUGUGGGAGGAUAGUUUUUGGAAAUGGAUCUAAGGUCAACAUUGAAGUUGUCGGCACAUAUGAUGCAGAGAAGACCAAUAAGCUUCUUUAUUUGCUCUGUGCUGCUUUGGCUGUGAGUCUGAUUGUUACCUCGUUCCUUCUUUGUUCCAUACGGAAAAAAACCUGUAACUGUAGCAACGUGAUUUAUCAGAGGAAGGCCAAAGCGGGAAGGCGAAAAGCAACGGCAAGGGAGGAGACGAUCUACGCCGAUAUCUGGCACACACAUUGUGUUUCUCUGUUUUCUGUUGUGAUUUUGUUUUUAGGAUGCUCAGACAAUUUGAUGCUGGAACUGAAGACUGUUACGAAUGGGGAUUAUGUGACUCUCACCUGUUCCCGUCUGAAUACAGAAUUUGAUGCAACCCUGCAUUGGGUCAGAUUUGUCUCCGGGAACCAGCCUGAAUAUCUAGGAGGAACAUUUUCCUUUGAUUAUGAUGUUGUGAACAAGACUCCUCACUUCACAGUAAAACAAGAGCCUGGGAACUUUACUCUUCACAUCAGUAAAAGUAAUCUGAGUGAUGCUGGCCUGUAUUACUGUAUAAAAAUAGACACACUUGAUCUGACAUUUUUGAAAGGAACAUUUCUGAGAGUUAAAGGACCUUCGCCAAACAUCUCUGUCAUCGUUCAGGAGCCUCCAUCUGUUUUAGUCCAUCCAGGAGAUCCAGUGAGUCUUCAGUGUUCGGUCCUCUUUUACGCUGAGAGGAAAACCUGUCCAGCAGAACACAGUGUGUACUGGUUCAGAGCUGGAACAGAUGAGUCUCACCCCAGCUUAAUUUAUACUAAUGGAAACAGUGGUGAUGGAUGCAAGAGUCGUCUCGAGGCUAACUCAGAAAAGAAAUGUAUCUACAGCUUCUCUAAGAACAUCAGUCCCUCUGAUGCUGGCACUUACUACUGUGCUGUGGCUACAUGUGGAGAGAUAUUAUUUGGAAAUGGCACCGAACUGGACAUUGGAGUGCCCGGUGUGUGGGAUCUGCAGACGGCCAACACCGUUAUCCUCCUCCUAUCCACUGUUUUGACUGCAAGUGUGAUCAUUAUCUGCAUCCUCACUUGUUUCAUCAAGAAAAAAACCUGUGGAUGUUGUGAGGGGUGUGCAAUCGAUCCAAUCUUAGAGACGAAAACCAAUCAUGUUGGCAGUCAAGUGACUCUCACAUGUCCCCGCAAGUCUGCAGGAACCUUCUCUUGGAUGAGGGUUAAUUUUGGGAGCACUCCAGAGAUCUUAGGAGAAGAACCAAAAAAAUAUAAUCAUAUUACAGUUAAACAAGAGCCUGGAAUAUUCGAACUAAGAAUUCUAAAAUCAAAACUAAGUGACACUGGAUUUUAUUUCUGUAUCAGAAAAUAUCAUCAAAAAAUGGAACUGUUGACUAUAACAUACCUGAGGACUGAAGAACCUGUCACCACAGCUCCUCCAUCUCCUCUGUUCCAUCAAGAGGACUCGGUGACUCUGAAAUGUUCAGUCCUUCAUGAUUCACAGAAUACAUCGUGUCCGGCAGAUGAAAACAUAUUCUGUCUUACUGCUAAGUAUAAUCAAUGUCACUCAAGUUUGAAUUACUCCAAAGAAGGACAGGGCGGAUAUUUGAACAACUCUUUAUCAGUCACAGCGAAGAAAUGUCUCCACAGCUACUUAAAACACUUCAGUUCCUCUGAUGUUCAGACGUAUUACUGUGCUGUCGCCACAUGUGAGGAGAGAGUGAUGGAAAAUCAAUCAAAACCAAACAAAGCAGUGAACCUCUGCAGUUCAAAGGAUGUUUUUUCCAUCGUGUUUUACCUGUUAUGUGCUGCUGUGGCCAUGAGUGUCAUUCUUAUCGGCUUCCUUGCGUAUACAAUCAGGAAACUUCGGAAGAAAAUAAAGGAAUAUAGUACCGUUGCCGUCGCCCAGCAAAGACAAACCUCAACCAGAGAAAACCAAGGAAGUCAGCAGACAGAUGAGGACUCCUUGAUUUAUUCAACAGUUGCUUUCACGAGAACAAAAAUGAGCCAAACAGCAAAAAGGGCCAAUAAAAGCGAUGAGGAAGAGACCAUCUUCACUGAUGUCUGUGAUCCUGGGCUUUGAUAGUGUUAAGCUAAGCAGCAUUGUGUGACUAUUUGAUUGCCAUAACAAAUGUAUUUAUUCCUGAAUGUAUCAGUGGAAAAUUUGCACCAUUUGUUGUGUGUGAAGAAGUGUGUUGGGCAGGUGUGUUUCUGCACAACCUGACCUGCUAACCUGCUAACCUGAAAGUGAUUUUGGCUUUCCUGCUUUUGUGGAAAUGUCUAAGUACAUACUGUACUGAAAUCAAUUUACUGGCUAUUGUAAAGA